UUCUUUCUGUGUGUUUCUUGGCUGUAUGUCCAGAGUAACAUCAUCAUUUGUUCUCUAUUUAUAGCCAAGACUCAUUCUUUCUCAAUGCCUACCAAAUACAACUGAAAUAUAAGACAACCUUCCCUUGUCAGUUUUCUCUAUAUAUAGUUAAGAGUGGUUAUGUCUCAAGACCUACAAAAACCCCCCAACAAGUAACUCUGAUCAUCAUAAUUAAGGCAAAGGCAAUAACCUUUGCUUCUCCGAUCAAGAAAGAAAAUAACUCCAUUGACACCAUGGGUAUCUACAAGGAUGAAACUGAGUCGAAGAGAGAAACCAAGAGAGGAGGAAACAGAGCUGCACUCUUUGUAUAUGCCAUGGAGGGGCUGGAGAACAUGGCGUUCGUCUCCAGUGCCGUCAGCCUGGUGCUCUAUUUCAAUGAUUAUAUGAACUUGACCAUACCUGAAUCGGCCGUCGUACUCACAAACGUCAUGGGAACAACAUUCAUACUAACACUCCUCGGAGGAUACAUUUCUGACACUUAUUUAACAAGAUUCAAGACUUGUGUCUUGUUUGGAAUCAUAGAAAUGCUGGGUUUUGGCCUUCUAGCAAUCCAAGCACAUUUCCCUCACCUGAGACCACUCUCUUGCAAAGGUGUUGCACCAAGCCUAGCACAUCAAUGUGAGGUUGCAGAUAGCACCCAAAACGCCAUCUUUUACACUGCCCUAUAUCUUAUUGCUUUUGGUAGCAGUGGGGUUAAAGCAGCCUUAACACCAUUGGGAGCUGACCAAUUCGACGAAAAGGACCCAGAAGAGGCAGUUCAGUUAUCUAGCUUUUUCAACUGGUUCAUGUAUAGUCUCACCAUUGGCUCUAUAUUUGGAGUGACUUUUGUUGUAUGGAUUAGUAUAAACCUGGGUUGGGACUGGUCGUUUGGUGUGAGUGCCGUUGCAAUCUUAUUCUCUGUCAUCUUUUUAUCCAUGGGCAAGUCGCUGUACCGGAAUAAUGCCCUGAACGGAAGCCCUAUUGUUCGUAUUCUGCAGGUCUUUGUGGCUGCUAUUAAAAACAGAAGCCUUCCAACACCAGAGAGGACAGAGGAAUUACAUGAAAUCCAUGACAACGAAGCUGGCCAGAGCGAAAUUCUUGAGAGGACUGAUCAAUUCAGAUUUUUGGACCGUGCAGCGAUCAUUAGGAGUAGUAGUACAGAUGUUGGAACAUCAAAACACACCGAUCGCUGGAGCUUGUGCACAGUUACACAAAUUGAAGAGACAAAGAUUCUAGUACGCAUGCUACCAAUUAUAAUUAGCACUAUUUUCAUGAACACAUGUGUGGCUCAACUCCAGACUUUCUCAAUCCAACAAAGCAACACCCUGGACACAAAUAUCCUGGGCUUCAAGGUUCCUGGUCCCUCCAUUCCUGUAAUUCCCCUGUUAUUCAUGUUCGUUUUGAUCCCAGUAUAUGAGCAUAUAUUUGUCCCAUUGGCUCGAAAGAUCACAGGAAUUCCCACGGGUAUAACCCACCUCCAACGUAUUGGGGUCGGCCUAGUCCUCUCAGCUAUAUCAAUGGCAGUAGCUGGAAUUGUUGAAACCCGCCGCAAACGUGUGGCUAUACAGCACAACAUGGUUGACUCUGUUGAGCCUCUGCCCAUGAGUGUGUUGUGGCUUGGUUUCCAAUAUGCGAUAUUCGGUGGAGCUGAUAUGUUCACUUUAGCAGGGCUGCUAGAAUUUUUCCAUUCUGAAAGCUCAGCUAGAAUGAAGUCAUUUGGUACAGCCAUUUCUUGGUGGCCAAUUGGAUUUGGCUACUUCUUGAGUUCAGUACUUGUGGAAGUGGUUAACAAGGUGAGUGGUGGGUGGUUGGCUAGUAAAAAUCUCAACACAGGCAAAUUGAACUACUUCUACUGGUUACUCUCUGGUCUAAGUUUGUUGAAUUUCGGAUUCUAUCUGGUGUGUGCAUCUCGUUAUAGAUAUAAGAAGGUGGAUGUGAAGCAAGUAGAGCUAGUAGAGGAGGACUCCUCUGUUCUCAAGGGCAAGAUGGAAUGGACUAAAUUGUAGGAAUGCCAUUGUUUUUAUAAAAGAUCCUAUCUGUGCUUUGUUUUUUGUCGCAUCUGUUAAUUCUUUACACAUCAUUUCUUCAAGAAAAAAGA